CUGGAUGGACUACACAUGGGAGAUUAGCUUGUCCAUAUUGUAAUGGAACGACAGAUGCGUUUCAACUAAAGAAUGGUAGGAAGACAAGUUGGUUUGAUUGUCACCGUCGGUUUCUUCCCAUUGGCCAUCCUUACCGAAGAAACAAGAAUUUGUUUAGGCACAAAAGGGUUGUGAGAGACACUCCUCCUCCAUAUCUAACUGGAGAACAAAUUGAAGCGCAAAUCGACUACUAUGGGGCUAAUGAAACAGUUCAUUGGGGUGGUAAUUGGCAUGUCCCUCGUAAUAUGCCUGAUUCUUACGGUGUUCAUCACAACUGGCACAAGAAGAGUAUAUUUUGGGAGUUGCCAUAUUGGAAGGAUCUUCUUCUACGCCACAACCUCGAUGUGAUGCAUAUAGAGAAGAAUUUCUUUGAGAACAUCAUGAAUACAAUAUUGAAUGUCCCAGGGAAGACAAAAGACAACAUAAAAUCGAGGUUAGACUUGCCGGAUAUUUGCUCAAGAAGCGAGUUACAUAUUAAAAGCAAUGGACAAAUUUCCGUUCCGAUAUUCAGAUUGUUUUCAGAAAAAAAGUCGGUAUUGUUCAACUGGGUGGCAUCAGAAGUGAAGUUCCCCGAUGGGUAUGUAUCGAAUCUCUCUAGAUAUGUUGAAAAGGGUCAAAAGUUCUCCGUGAUGAAGAGUCAUGAUUGUCAUGUCUUUAUGCAACGACUACUGUCCUUUGCAUUUGCGGAGCUACUUCCAACAAACGUACAUGAAGCACUUGCAGGCAUUGGAGUAUUUUUCAGGGAUCUGAGCACACGCACUCUUAAAGAAGAAGUUGUGGAACAGCUUCAGGAGAACAUUCCCAUCUUAUUGUGCAACCUGGAGAAGAAAUUUCCUCCCGGUUUUUUUGACGUCAUGGAGCAUCUAGCUGUCCACCUUCCAUAUGAGGCAUUGCUUCGUGGACCUGUACAUUACGGAUGGAUGUAUCAGUAUGAGCGAGCCAUGAAAUAUUUGAAGGGAAAAGCAAAGAACCUCGCCAAAGUUGAAGGUUCUAUAAUUGCUGGAAGUUUGACGGAAGAAGUUUCUCACUUCACAUCGUACUACUUUGCGUCAAAAGUACGUACCCGGAGAAGAGCUCCAAGAAGAUAUGAUGAUUGUGGUGUUGCGCCAACAUAUGCAGUUGCUGGUGUUCCAGACAUUUUUAGCCAGAUUGGGUGACUCGGUGGGAAGUCUAAAGAGGUUUGGUGGUCGAGUGAACAAGACGCUCAUAGUGCACACACCUAUAUUCUACUCAAUUGCGAGGAUCCAUUGAUGCGUUAUUUUGAAAGGUAACAUAUAUAUGGACACUUCGAAACACAUCUAAUUAAGUAUAAUAAGUUAUAUUAAUUGGAAGAGAUUCAUUCCUAUUAUAAAAUGUGAUUUUACAGCCUAUUUGUUUCUCAAGUCGAAGAAACAUUUCCUGGUAUAUCCACAAGUGACGUAGACAAAAGGAAAGAUCAACACUUCAUAAAGUGGUUGCGAAAUCAGGUAUUAUCUCAAACUCUUUUUUCGUACAUGAUCGGUAUUUAAACAUUAUCUUUACUUUUGCAGGUUGAUUAUGACGACGAUGCAGAUUAUCCUAAAUGGUUACACGAAGUAAUUCAAUCUCCACUUGUAAAGGUCACCACAUCACAGAUGUAUUUCACGCGAGGCUAUACUUUUCACACAUAUGAGUAUGGUAGACAGCGGGCGACCAGUAACUAUGGAAUAUGUGUGAAAGGGGAAACAGAUUUCUACGGGAUCUUGAUGGAGAUUAUUGAAGUCGAA